AAGCAUUUGCGCCCCAUGCCGGCCAGGUAAGAGAGCGUGGACACGCAAGUAUCCCCAUAUUAGGGUUAAGCGAGGACUUGGAUCUGUCAGGCACGCGAUCGUUGUCGUUGUGACACUUACCAGACCCUGAGCUGGGGUGUCCGUGGACCCUCGGACCCAGCAGCGGCCAGCCUCGGUUCAUCAACGAGAGAUCCCGACCCCACACUUUUACUCUCAAUGUUGACCGGGGUGGAAGCGCAUUUCAUAUAUAUCUAGCAAAUCAUACAAGAACAACACAUGGACGCCCUGGAUCACUCUAGGACUUUAUCGAAUUACUGAAAACACUUUUCUUUACAUCCACUCUUUGCGUUGCCUACCGUCACGAUGUCGUCGUCGUCAUCGCCGCCUCCAUUAAACACGCCGCUUACCAGGCUCCUGGGAAUCAAGUAUCCCAUAAUGCUUGCCGGGAUGGCGCGCACCUCAGGCGGUCCCUUGGCCGCGGCGGUGUCGAAUGCCGGUGGGAUAGGGACCAUUGGAGGCCUGGGAUAUACACCGAAACAAUUACAAGAGAUCAUUGACGAACUCAAAGCCAAUCUAGUUGACAAAUCCCUCCCCUUUGGAGUCGAUCUGGCCUUACCUCAGGUCGGCGGGAACGCCAGAAAGACCAACCACGACUACACACACGGCCAACUCGACGAAUUGAUCGAGGUGACGAUCAGAAACAAAGCCAAGAUCUUCGUCAGUGCAGUCGGCGUGCCUCCGGCGCGGACGAUCAAAAGACUGCACGAGGCAGGCAUCCUGGUCAUGAACAUGGUAGGCGCGCCGAAACAUGCAGAAAAGGCCCUGAAAGCAGGAGUGGAUAUCGUGUGUGCCCAAGGGACAGAAGGCGGCGGGCACACGGGCGACAUUGCGAACAGCAUUUUGAUUCCGGCGGUCGUCGAUGUCGCGAGGAAAUACAAGAGUCCCCUGACCGGAGAGCCGGCGCUGGUCGUGGCUGCGGGCGGGAUCUACGACGGCCGCGGUCUCGCGAGCAGUUUGAUGCAAGGCGCCGUCGGUGUCUGGGUGGGCACCCGGUUCGUCGCGGCCGAAGAAAGCGGCGCCAGCAGAUUGCACAAGGAGGCCGUUGUGUCGGCCGAUUUUACUGAUACCAUACGCACGCUCGUGGUGUCGGGCAGGCCGCUUCGAGCCAAAAUGAACGACUAUGUCAAGAAGUGGGAGAGUCAGCCGGAGCGGAUUAGAGAGUUGACUGAGAAGGGAAUCGUGCCUAUGAUGUAUGAUUUGGAACAAGAGGAAGAGGUCGACAUGCCUUUCCUCAUGGGUCAGGUCGCCGCCAUCAUUAGAGAUAUCAAGCCGGCUAAAGAUAUCGUCGAGGAUAUGGUUCGUGAGGCUGUCGAGAUGAUAAAACUGGGUAACUCUUACAUAGACGGCCACGGUUCUCGGAGUAAACUCUGAAUACCGUAGGACCAAAAGAAAUGUGACUGAAUGGAAGACUGCAUCAUCAUACAUUAUGGCGCAUGGUUUCGAUUGCCAA